AUAUUGAGACUCAAAUUCUUAAACCCAAAUACAAUGCUGAGUCGUCACCACCAAGUAUCAUCACAAAUAAUCAAACUGACCAAAUCCAAGCCAACUUUUUGCACUGCAAUUCUGCAGCCCCCCCACAUAUUGACCCUUGAACAACAAGAAGCCGCAUACGCCCAUCUUCUAAAACUAUGUCUGCAACACUGCAAACAAAUUCAAUCCCGCCGACUGUUCGACGAAAUGCCUCAAAGAGGCAGACAAGCAGUAUACCUUAUACACGCCCAAAGUAUAACACAUGGGUUUGAAUCCAAUGGCAAACUUGGCAAUGCCAUUGUCGAUUUACACGCUAAAUGUGGCAACUUGGCCUUUGCUCAACAAGCUUUCAACAGGUUGGAACACCAGGGUACACUUUCUUGGAACUCAAUAUUGUCAAUGUACUCGAGACAUGGGAUGUUGGAACAUGUUGUGCAGCUGUUUUGCUCUAUGCAGGCGGUUUCUGGGGUGUCGCCGAAUCAGUUUACGUAUGCUAUAGUUUUGUCGGUUUGUGCAAGGUUGACGGAUAUUGUGUUGGGUAGAAUGGUGCAUUGUGUUGUUAUGAAAACGGGGUUUGUUUGUGAUUCGUUUUGUGUUGGAUCACUAGUUGACUUGUAUGCAAAAUGUGGUUUUGUUGAUGAGGCGUUUAAGAUAUUUGAUGGGUCGGUGUAUAGAGAUACAGUUUUAUGGACAGCGAUGAUUGCUGGUUAUGUUCAAGGUGGUUUUCCUGAUAAGGCAAUACAAUUGUUUAAAGAUAUGUUGAGACUGAGAUAUGUACCUGACCAAGUAGCAUUUGUGACUGUUAUAACUGCGUGUGUUGAAUCAGGACGUUUUGAUGAUGCCCGUUGUUUGUUUGACCAAAUGUGUAAUCCGAAUGUUGUGGCUUGGAAUGUCAUGAUUUCAGGGCAUGCUCGGUAUGGUUUUUAUAAUAUUGCUAUUGAUUAUUUUCAGCGUAUGAUUAGUUCUGGGGUUAAACCAACAAGGCCAUCUCUAGGAAGUGUUUUGAGUGCCAUUGCAAGUACGUUUGAUCUUGAUGGCGGUUCACAAGUUCAUGCUCAAGCAACUAAACUAGGGCUGGGUUCCAACGUUUACGUCGGAAGUUCUUUAGUUAAUAUGUAUGCAAAGUGUCAAGAAAUGAGUUUCGCAAGGAGUAUCUUUGACACACUAGACGAGAAAAACAUUGUUUUAUGGAACACCAUGCUUGGAGGUUAUGCACAAAAUAGAAAUGCUGAUGAAGUAAUUUAUUUAUUUGUAAAUAUGAGACAUUUUGGAUUCGUACCUGACGAAUUCACUUACACAAGCGUUUUGAGCGCGUCUGCAUAUCUGAAAAGUGUCGAAAUGGGGAAGCAAUUACACUCACUUGCUAUCAAAAACAAAUUCAGCAUGAACUUAUUUGUUGGAAAUGCAUUGGUAUAUAUGUAUGCAAAAUCCAGUUCUCUAGAGGAUGCUAGAAAACAGUUUAGCAUGAUAGAGAAUCGAGAUAAUGUUUCUUGGAAUGCAAUAAUUGUCGGGUUGGUGCAGGAAGAAGAAGAAAAUGAAGCUUUUAGCAUGUUUCAAAGGAUGAGAUUAGCCGUGAUCACCCCUGAUGAGGUAUGCUUUGCUAGUAUGCUGAGUGCUUGUGCAAAUAUCCAAUCUCUAGCUAAAGGAAAACAGUUGCAUUCCCUCUCAAUCAAAUUUAAUAUGGAAACCAGCCUUUAUGCUGGAAGCUCUCUUGUUGAUAUGUAUUCUAAGUGUGGGGUCAUUACAGAUGCACAGAAAAUUUUCAGUUCCAUGCCGGAGAAAAGUAUAACUUCUUUUAACGCUUUGAUCCAUGGGUACGUUCAAAAUUCAAUUACGUUAGCCAUUAGUCUGUUUAUGGCUAUGCCAUCUCAAGGAUUAAAUCCAUCACUAGUCACAUUAGCAAUCUUACUCGAUGGCUGCAACGAGCCUUCCAAAUUGAAUCUUGGAAGGCAAAUUCACAAUUUAGUAAUUAAAUACGGUUUCUCAUAUGAUGAUGAGUUCUUGGCGGUAUCUCUUUCGGGAAUGUAUUUUAGCUCGCGCGUCCCACGGGAUGCAAUGGUUGUCUUCUCUGAAUUGCCAAAAUCUAAAAGUACAGUUUUGUGGACCGCUGUUUUAUCAGGACUUGCUCAAAAUGAUUGUAGUGAGAAGGCAUUGGAAAUAUACCAACAAAUGAGGAGAAACAAUUCAAUGCCAGAUCAAGCCACAUUUGUUAGCAUUCUUAAAGCAUGCGCAGCCUUAGCAUCUCUACAAGAAGGCCCUGUAAUUCACUCACUUAUUUUCCACACAGGUUUUGACUCAGAUGAGUUGACUUGCAGUGGUCUUGUGGACAUGUAUGCUAAGUGCGGGGACGUUGCAAGUUCCUCACAAGUGUUUAAGGAAAUACUUAACAAAAAAGACGUUAUUAUAUGGAACUCAAUGAUAGUUGGUUAUGGAAAAAACGGGUUUGCUGAGAAUGCACUACAAGUCUUCAAUGAAAUGAAGGAGUCAAAUGUUAUGCCUGAUGACAUAACAUUUCUUGGAGUACUCACCGCUUGUAGUCAUGCAGGAAAAGUCACUGAAGGACGUUCUAUAUUCGAUUCUAUGAUAAAUCAAUACAAGAUUCAACCACGUAUGGAUCAUAUUUCAUGUAUGGUUGAUCUUCUUGGGAGGUGGGGUUAUCUCAAGGAGGCUGAGGAAUUUAUCAACAAAUUAGAAUUUAUACCAAAUGCUAUGCUUUGGACUACCUUCCUAGGGGCAUGUAGAGUACACGGUGAUGAAAGAAGAGGAAAACGUGCGAGUGAAGAACUUUCAAAGUUGGAGCCCGAAAGUUCAGCUUCUUUUGUGUUGCUAUCUAAUAUAUAUGCAGCUUCAGGGCAUUGGGACCGAGCAAACUUCGUCAGAAUGGAAAUGAAAGAGAAGAAGAUUCAAAAGCAUCCUGGAUGUAGUUGGAGAUAAGGGUGAUUGGUGAGUCAACUGAGUUCUUUUGUUGUUAUGGGAAUUUGAACAGUAAUCGUAAUUACUGCUUGCUUCUUGCUGAAACGUCCUAUUGGCAGUUGGAGCAUUCCUAUAUUUUGCUGUUUCCGAUCUUCCUGAAGAAAGAGUGAGGUGCAAGGCACUCCUAUUUGCGGAAGGAUGCAUAUGAUUAGCAUUAUUAUGUUACAGUCAUGGUGCACUUCCGUAUUGGAAUUAUAUCGAGUCAGUUGCGAUUCUGAAGAUUUAAGAAGAUGAAAAACAUGCUUUGGCUGCAGCAAGCUAGUUGUGGUAUCAAAGCCACAUGCUGUAUGCCUGUAUCUGAUAUUCUGAUAUGAGUUUUCAGUCCUUCAAUGAAGGUUGAAGAACAUCCUUUGUGCACCUAGUUUUCAGUUCCUUCAUUUUCAUUUUAUUCCGAAGAGAGUUGCUGCUAAGUGUGUUUGGCUUGUUUCAAAGCUCGAGAAAGACCACAAGAGGUGAGGCAUUACCCAAGUGUGGAAGGGAGAAUCUACCUAGACAGCUUUUGGAUACCUUUCCAAAGGUGUCUAUCAAUUUUACCUGCAACUUACUUACAGAUUUUUAUUUUUUACUUUUUGAGGUAACUGGGGAAUUUAGACCGUGCCAACGUGGCUUACUUGGCAGUAAAAUCUGGGGCUGCACGUAUACCUAGCGAAUGCAUGGAACCUGGAAAACGACCAGCCCUCUAUGAAUCUGGAUUACUAGCUAGGCUUGGAACCUCUUUUGAGGACUCCCAAGCCCUUAGCCCUGGGCCAGCCUCUUAGGGUUCAUUAGUUCUAAUUAAUUCUAGAAGUAUCUUUGGGAUUCUCUUUCAUUUAAAGAAAGCGUUAUAUGCUUAUGUCGAUAUAAUACCCUUUCUACAGAAAAAUUUGAAGAUAAAUUUGAUUAGAUCUGAAAGUCAUUUACUGAA